UGUCACGUAGACCGACCGCCGGAGGCUACUUAAGAUCAGCUGCUGGCCGUCCGUGUGUUCACUCGCUGAAGAGGUGCAUGCUGGGAAAUAUAUACGAAGAAACAUGCAGGCGAUAUUUGCAAAAAACGGUCUGGAGACUCCGGAGCCGGUGAAGGCUUCAGUGAAAGGGAACAUCCCGUCCUGGCUGCAGGGAACGCUGCUGAGGAACGGACCGGGGCUGUUCUCCGUGGGCGGCUCCGAGUACAACCACUGGUUCGACGGCAUGUCGCUCCUCCACAGCUUCACCUUCAGCGGCGGUGAGGUGACGUACCGGAGUAAGUUCCUGAAGAGUGAGACGUACAAAAGGAACAUCAAGGCCGACAGGAUCGUCGUCUCCGAGUUUGGAACCAUGAUCUACCCGGAUCCCUGCAAAAACAUCUUCUCCAGGGCGUUCACGCACCUCAGCAACGUCAUCCCCGACUUCACCGACAACAACCUGAUCAACAUCAUCCGGUACGGUCAGGACUACUACGCCUCCUCCGAGGUCAACUACAUGAACCAGAUCGAUCCCGUUACCCUGGAGACCGUCGGCAGGAUCAACUACAGGAACCACAUCGCCCUGAACCUGGCGACGGCUCACCCUCACUACGACGGCGAGGGCAACACCUACAACAUGGGCACCGCCAUCAUGAGCUUCGGCCUGCCCAAAUACGUCAUCUUCAAAGUCCCGGCCGAUGCUUCGGAUAAAGAGCACAAGAAGCCGGCGCUGAGGAAGGUCCAGCAGGUCUGUUCCAUCCCGUUCCGGUCCACUCUGUUCCCGAGCUACUUCCACAGCUUCGGCAUGACCCAGGACUACAUCGUGUUCGUGGAGCAGCCGUUCAAACUGGACAUCGUCCGGCUGGCCACCGCCUACUUCAGAGGGGUCAACUGGGGGAGCUGCCUCAAGUUCGACAAGGACGACACCACCUUGUUCCACCUUAUCAACAGAAAGACAGGAAAUGCCGUGUCCACCCGUUUCUACGGCGACGCCAUGGUGGUCUUCCACCACAUCAACGCGUACGAGGCCGACGGCCACGUGGUGUUCGACCUGAUCAGCUACAAGAACAGCAACCUGUACGAGAUGUUCUACAUCCAGAACAUGAAGCAGGACAACAGCAGCUUCAUCCAGUCCAACAAAAGCUUCUCGCUGCCGGUCUGCCAGCGGUUCGUCCUGCCGCUCAACGUCAACAAGGACUCUCCCAGAGGAUCCAACCUGGUGACUCUGACGGACACGACGGCCCAGGCGAUGAUGCAGGAGGACGGCUCCGUCUACUGCCAGCCGGACAUCCUGUUUGAAGGUCUGGAGCUGCCGGGGAUCAACUACAACUUCAACACAAAGAAGUACCGAUACUUCUACGGAUCCAGAAUGGAGUGGUCGCCUCAUCCCAACAAGAUGGCCAAGUUUGACAUCGUCACCAGGGAACACAUUGAGUGGCAAGAGGAGAACUGCUACCCCUCAGAGCCGGUGUUUGUUGCGUCUCCGGGCGCCGUGGAGGAAGACGAUGGCGUGAUCUUAUCGUCCGUCAUCUCUCCGGAUCCCGACAUCUCUCCGUUCAUGCUCGUCCUCGACGCCAAAACCUUCCAGGAGAUCGCACGAGCCUCCAUCCCCGCCAACGUCCACAUGGACCUUCACGGAUAUUUCAUCCCCGCCGCCGCCACCACCGCCGCCGUCUGACGGCCGAACACACCGACUGGAUUCGUUACAUUAGACACUUUGUUUAAUUUAUCUUUUUGUAAAAAAUAAGUGCAUAAAUAAAUGUGUGUAAAUACAUAAAUCAGUUUGAAUAAUG